AAACUCGGUCUAUUCUACACCUGUAUGUGGUGGUAAUGCACUGAAGGCGCAUUUCCGGCCAGUGUUCUUUUUUUUUUUUUAAUUUUCAUUUCAGUAUGGCGCUGUACGGGAGAAAGGUACUUGCUUUUGGACGCUGUGCAGUUAACUUGCUGAGACCUGCCAUCCGAACACGUCACAUAUUUAUCAGGCUGCCAUCGAUAACUUGGAAGAAAUGGAUUUCACUCAGCAUUUCUGGUGGCCUGUGUGCUGUUCCCUUUGUACAGGACAGUGUAUCGCAUGAAGCUUUAAUCCGUAGAGCCUCAUCUCUGGUGACUGGCAGUGCCAAUACUUUUCUGUCUCAAACCACACUGGCACUAGUGGACUCCCUUACUCAAUAUACUAAGGCAGUGCAUACCCUUAUAACUCUGCACAAGAAUUAUGUGGCAAAUAUCAACAGGCUGAAUCCUGCAGAUGAGAAUGCAGUAUGGCAGGUUAUAGUUCACCAGCGUGAGGAGAUCAUCAAAUAUGGGGAAACCUGCAAACAAUUUGAAGAAAACUGGAUGAAUGCAAUUAAUCUGAUACAGCUAGCAGCUGAAGCAGCUUUUAAUGCAGGAGCUGACCAGGCUUCAGCUACAGCACAGACUAACCUGCAGCUAGCACAGUCUCAUGUAGAGCAGGCUCGACAGCGCUUCCUUGAGGCAGAGCAGGAACUAAAAGUCAGCAAAGCAGGAGUCAGCCAGAGGCUCCAAAGCACUUCACCUGCAGUGGCAGAAAAUGAGGAGGAAAUUCCAGAAGCUUAUCUGAGAGAAGAUUAGUGAUGAGCAGCAUUUUAUAAAGACACAUGCAGCUCUUCAUCUCCACUACUCCAAUCUUAAGAGCUUCUUCUGUGUCUGCAAUGGACAUGUUUUUGUUCAAUGUUUUAAAUAAUUCUCAUGAGAAAUAAAAUUACACAUAAGAGAGCAUAAAAUACAAUGGACGAGAGAAACAACAUUAAAAAAAAGCACACUAUGCAAGCUAUUCCUAGGCAUAUUUGUACAUUACUUUUUCUGAUUAUUUAUUCCUACUAAUUUGGAUUAGAUGUGUAAUUUUAUUUUAUUUUUUGCAGUUUAGUCUCUAAAGGUGCAAUUUGUAAUUUUUAACUGUUCUGCUCUGUAAUAUUCAUGCAAUAUAGGAGAAUCCUUAAGUUGUGAUUGAUUUGCAAUAGUGCCACACAGUGGACAGUUUCAGGCUUCUGUUUCCAUUUCUCUGACCUAGAAAUUAACUCUGCCCUUGGCUCUUUACCUCUGCCCCUUUCCUUUAAAGACAAAUGUAGUUUCCACAGAGUGGGUUUGGGGGUGGUCAGUUUGGGGAAAGUGGAAGCCUCAUGCUUUCCUUGCAAAGCAAUUAAAGGGCUCUAAAAUAGAAAA